UAGUACAAAAUGAGUUGCCAGAAGAUCGGCAUCGUGGGCAGCGGCCUAAUCGGGCGUGCUUGGGCAAUGCUUUUUGCCGCAGCUGGCUACCGAGUGCAGUUAUAUGAUAUACUGGAGACUCAAGUGGAUGGAGCACUGCUCGAGAUACAGAAGGAGUUGCACAGUCUCAAGGCAAAGGGUGCGCUACGUGGUCAACUGUCACCGGAGGCACAAUUUGAGCUGAUCAGCGGCUGCACAGAUCUGAAGCAGUUGGUAGAGAAUGCUUUGCACAUUCAGGAGUGCAUACCAGAGCUGUUGCAGCUGAAGCGGGAUCUCUAUGCCCAGCUGGAUGAAGUCUUGGAGUCACAGACAGUUGUGGCCAGUUCAACAAGCACUUUUAUGCCUUCACUUUACACCGAGGGAUUGAAGCAGCGCUCUCAGAUGCUUGUGGCUCAUCCCCUGAAUCCACCAUACUUCAUUCCACUCGUAGAACUCGUGCCAGCGCCCUGGACCAACAAGGAGACUGUAGAGAGCACACGUCAGCUGAUGCUGGCUCUGGGACAACGACCUGUGGUGCUGAACCGUGAAGUUCAGGGAUUCGCCACCAAUCGCAUACAGUAUGCCAUACUCAAUGAGGUGUGGCGCUUGGUUGGUGGCGGCAUCAUCAGUGUGGAGGAUGUGGAUCGUGUGCUGAGCGAUGGUCUGGGUCUGCGGUAUGCCCUUUUGGGAUCCCUGGAGACGGCUCACCUAAAUGCGCCCGGAGGUGUUGCUGAUUAUUUCCAACGCUUUGGCGGCGAGAUCGCCGCUGUGAGCGCCAGCUAUGGUCCCACACCGGAUAUGCGAAACGAGGGAGAAACGCUAGCGGAGAUUGCGAGUCAAUGCGAAGAGCUUGUGCCAUUGGAAGCGUUGCAGCAACGUCGUGCCACACGCGACGAGUUCCUAACGCGCCUAUCAACGCUAAAGCGUCAGUUGCCAUAAAAUUGAUUGCGAAACUGUAUUUUUUGUAUUUGCAUGUGCCAUUUGUGUUGAUUAAACUUCAGCUCUGUGUAUGCGUGUAUAAA